AUGAACCACAUGCAAGGUGGCCCGCCCGGCCAACAACAUGUCCACUCUCCCGUCUCUCACCACGGCCAUCCACGCCGAGACUACCACUCCUACGCCCCCGCGCCGCAGUCUCCCAUCCACCAGCAGCCAUAUAUGAACUAUCACCAACCAUAUUACUCGCCGCAUAAUCCGUACGCACCUCAACCGCGAUGGCACCCGCAGCAAUACCAACAGCCGCAGUACAUGCCACAGCAGAUGCAAAUGUCCCAAUACCCACCACGCUCGCCAAUGAUGGUCCACUCGCCGCAUCGGCCUCCUACCAUGCCGCACAUCUCGCCUCAGAAUACCCAAUCGCCUCGCCCCGCUGCUCAAUACAUGCAUUACUCGUCACAGCCCAUCCCUCACCCUGCCACAUCGACACCGUUCACGCCAGCCGCUCAGCUCAUCGAGCAAGAACAGCCGACCGUCAAGCCCAAGACCGAUUCCGCCAACAAAGCUCAAUUUGAGCCUUCAAAGCACACUCCAUCCCGGGAGUACACAGGACCUCUACCCUGGUAUUUCCCGCCAGGUGAGGAUCAAGCCACGUUCCCCAAGGCGUCCGCUCCACGCCGGCGCCGACGGCGCUCUCGCCGAACGCCUCAAGCUGCUCUGGCCAUCCCGGAGAACACCACCGCCGAACCCGAGAGUUCAUCCGAUGGAGUCCAGCAGGUGGUGACGUCGACGUCUGUCGCUGAAAUAACAGCCAAUUUCCCCACUCCGACACAAUCCAUCGAGGAACCUCACUCUGAGUCUUCCACCCUGGCUGCCCCGUCCGAGCCCGAAACACCCGCCACCUCGCACGCUCCUUCCGAGGUUGAGUACGCAACAAUCUCGGUGCCCACGGCACCAUCGCAAUCCACUGCCGCUGCAUCGCCGAAGCCGGCAGCCUCGGUACCGCAACAACCUCGGCGCAACACCACCCGCAGCGCCAUUGCUGUCCCGAACCUUCCUAAUCUUUCCCGGGCCAAGCCCGCCUCACCAUCGCCCGCUUCAAAGCAAGAGCAAGUCGGCCAGAGUGAUGGGAGUGUGUCAAAGGCUCAGCAGGAGGUCACCGGAAGCCCCGUUGAAGAGACCGUCUCAGCCGAUACCGCGUCACAAGCUUCGUCAAUCCCACCACCUGCAGCCGCCCCUGUCGCCAAGUCUUGGGCUGAUCUGGUCCGUCGCAAUGCUCCGCCGUCUGCGGCUGGGGCUGCGAUCAACGGCAAUGCUCUCCCGAAUGGACUCGCCGCGUCCAAGAGUGCUUCACUGGCCGAGGCGUUGAAGCAGUACAGUGUACGCGACGAUGCCAAACUUUCCUUCUUGGAACCUCGUGGACUGGUGAACACGGGCAACAUGUGUUAUAUGAAUUCCAUUCUUCAACUUCUUGUCUUUUGCGUCCCCUUUUACAGCUUUCUAGACCAGGUUCGUCAACGGACUGUCCACUCCCUCAAGAGCGAGACACCCUUGGUCGACGCGAUGAUCAUGUUCAUGAGGGAGUUUAAUGUUUUGGCGAGCGCGGAGUCGGUGAAUGUUCUUCGGGGAAUGCUCAAGCAAGAUCAGCUCGAGGUAUACGGCGAUCCAGUCACGCCGGAGUAUGUUUAUGAUGUGAUUCGGAGUCUUCCACGAUUUGCGGGCAUGAGGAGAGGACAUCAGCAAGAUGCUGAAGAGUUUUUGGGGUUCUUGUUGGAAGGAUUACAUGACGAAUGCGCACAUGUCAUGCAGGGACAAUCUAACCCAGUGCCUGUCACCAACGGCACCGCGCCGUCGAGCACUGAACAGGUCCCGCCUACUGCCGAUGGAUGGCAGGAGGUCGGUCCCAAACAGAAGGCGGCUUUGACGCGCACCGCCGGUCAAGAAGAGGCGCCGUCACCGAUCACGAAGAUCUUCGGCGGCCACCUUCGCUCUGAGCUCCGUGUACCGGGCUUGCAGACAUCGGCAGUCUAUGAACCGUUCAAACCCUUACAGCUCGAUAUCGGCGCUCCGGAUGUCAACAACAUCGUCGACGCACUGAAGGGUUUGACCCGCAUAGAAUCGUUGGACGGUCAGUUCGGAGGUCGUACCAACACAGCCAAAAAGCAAGUCUUCAUUCACGAUCUCCCGCCCGUCCUCAUUCUCCACCUCAAACGUUUCCAAUACGACAACAACCUCACUGGCACCCAGAAGAUCUGGAAGAAGGUUGGCUACCCCCUCGAGCUGGAGAUUCCAAAGGAGGUCUUUGCGCCCGCCGAACGCAAGAGCCUCUCCGCCAAAGGGGGUCUUCCUCGCUACCGCCUGAAUGGAGUCGUCUACCACCACGGGAAAUCCGCCGCAGGUGGACACUACACCGUUGACGUCCUUCGUCAGGACGGUCGCGAAUGGGUCCGCAUGGACGAUACCUACAUCCGCCGCGUGCGGCCCAGUGACGUCGCCCAGGCCGGCGCCGAAGAGGAUCCCAAAGUCCUUGCCAAAGCUCUCGCAGACCAGCAGAAAUCCCAAGCCGACCAGGCGGACCUGCCCCCCAAGCUACGCAACCCUUACCAGGGUCUCGACGACGACCCCGAUGACGAUGCUGACGCCCACGACGAAUCACGGCCGUGGUCGGAGGUCAACGGCACGAACCACACCAGCAGCAACAGCCACGGCGGGUCCAGCGCGAACAACAUCACUUCCACCAACAACCCAACCUCUGCAUCCUCGUCGUCGAACAACAUGCGGAAGGAGAACGUCCGUGACAACAAGGUCGCCUACAUCCUCCUCUACGAACGCAUCCACUCCUGA